CAAAUUAAAAGCUCAUCUCUUUAUUUAUGAUUAUUUUUUCAUAUUUUCACCUCACUUUUCCAGCCAUUUCUCUGCCUACACUCGCUCGCUCACUCGCUCGCUCUCUUUCUCGCCAAAAUCUGGGCGUUUUAGAGAUCUCUCUCUUAUUUGAUUAUUUCCCAACUUCAAUUUCUUUUUAAGGGAAACGAAGAAAAGGGAUUUGAAUCAUGGUGCUGUACGACUCCGCCACGCUAGGGGGGAGUUGCAGCGGCAGCUCAUCCUCCUCUUCCUCCUCCAAGCCGCCGCCCUUGCAGCAGCGGCAGCAGACGCAGCAAGAUAUUGAUGGUCUUCUCGCCGGAGCUGGAUACAGAGUUAGGUCAUCGGAGCUGCGAAAAGUAGCUCAGCGUCUUGAACGACUUGAAACCGCCAUGGUUAAUUCUCCCGCAGAUUUGUCUCAACUUGCUUCCGAUACCAUCCACUAUAACCCUUCCGAUCUAGCCUCCUGGGUUGACUCGCUGCUGUCCGAGUUUACUCAGCCUCCUACUUGUCCCUCCGAGUUCAUCAUGGAUCCUGAAACCAAUCAGACGGUGGUAAGCGACGCAUGGACCACUGCCGAACCUCAUAUGCCGCAGGUGCACCAGAAUAUUUCUUACGAGCAACAAAGUUUGAAUAAUCAGUUAACGGUUGUAACAGCAAUGGAGGAAGAUUCCGGUAUACGGCUGGUUCAUAUGUUGAUGACGUGUGCGGAGUGCGUUCAACGUGGAGACUUCUCAUUGGCUACUUCAUGUCUCGAAGACAUGCAAGGGUUACUGACACGUGUUAACACCGUCUGCGGUAUCGGUAAAGUUGCUGGACAUUUUAUAGAUGCUUUGAGCCGUCGUAUUUUCCAAGGAAUUGGGGGCGGUACUAUCAACGGUGGUUCUGCUUAUGAGAAUGAGAUUUUGUAUCAUCAUUUUUACGAAGCGUGUCCGUACUUGAAAUUCGCACACUUCACUGCUAAUCAGGCGAUUCUCGAAGCUUUCGACGGUCACGAUUGCGUCCACGUGGUGGAUUUCAAUUUGAUGCACGGCUUACAAUGGCCAGCUUUGAUACAAGCCCUUGCCUUACGUCCCGGUGGACCCCCUUUACUUCGGCUCACCGGCAUUGGACCACCAUCACCAGAUGGCCGUGACUCGCUUCGCGAAAUCGGGUUGCGACUCGCCGAGUUGGCUCGUUCCGUCAACGUUCGUUUCGCCUUCCGUGGAGUCGCGGCUUCCAGGCUUGAAGACGUUAAGCCGUGGAUGCUUCAAGUGAAUCCAAAAGAAUCGGUGGCAGUUAACUCAAUCAUGCAGCUUCACCGCUUACUCGGGUCUGAUCUAAAUCGGAAUUCCCCUAUCGAAACGGUUUUAAGUUGGAUCCGGAGCUUAAACCCGAAAAUCAUGACAGUCGUUGAACAAGAAGCAAACCACAACCAACCCGGUUUUCUAGACCGAUUUACCGAAGCUCUUCAUUAUUAUUCAACCAUGUUCGAUUCUUUAGAGGCUUGUACCGUUCAGCCACACAAGGCUUUAGCCGAGAUAUACAUCCAGAGAGAAAUCGCUAACGUGGUGAGCUGUGAAGGGUCGGCUCGAGUUGAAAGACACGAACCGUUAUCUAAGUGGAGGACACGGCUUAGUGGAGCCGGAUUUAGGCCAUUGCAUUUGGGGUCCAACGCGUAUAAGCAAGCUAGCAUGUUGUUGACGUUGUUCUCGGCGGAAGGGUAUUCAGUGGAAGAAAAUGAUGGGUGUUUGACUCUAGGUUGGCAUAGUCGUCCCCUCAUUGCUGCUUCGGCUUGGCAAGCCGUAUCUGAUGGGACGGCUGAUUUCCCAGCAUAGGAUACUCUCCAUCAGCCAUCCUAAUGGAAGGGCAGGCUAAUAGUAGGUAAAAUAGUUACAACUAAGACCUCGCUGUAAAUUUGGGGUAAUUUGGUUAUUUUUGGGAAGAUUUUUCCUUUUUUUCCAGCAUUAAUCCAUGUUAUUUUCAAUGAGAUUUUACUUCAGGAGAAA